UCUCUAUGGGUAGUAAAGACGAAAAGCGCUUGCCGCGCUGGUGGUCCGGCGGCAUCUGCUCGGCGAUCGCUGUGACCACCACCCAUCCGCUGGACCUGAUCAAGGUGCAAUUGCAGACGCAGUCGCGUAAGGAGAGAAAGCCCGUCAGCGAGAUCAUCAAGAACAUCUACCAGCGAGGAGGUUUAACCGGUUUCUACAGCGGCAUCUCGGCUUCAUGGUUUCGCCAGCUGACUUACACCACCACCCGCUUUGCCCUGUACGAAGCUGGCAAGGAUUACGUCGACGCCGGAAACAUGGGUGCCAAGAUGGGCCUGGCCACCUUCGCGGGACUCGUGGGUGGGAUUGUGGGAGUCCCUGGUGACGUGGUUACAGUGCGUCUGCAGAACGACAGCAAGUUGCCGCCGGAGAAUCGACGUAACUACAAGAACGUUUUUGACGGCCUCUACCGCAUUUACAAAGAGGAGGGCAUGUCCAGUCUCUUCCGCGGCACUGUGCCAGCCGUUUCCAGAGCCAUCCUGCUGACCAUCGGUACCAAUGCCGCCUACGACCAGGUUAAGCAGAUGCUUAAGACUGCCACAGGAGCAAAGGAUGGGGUGCCGCUGCACUUUGCCACCUCCACGAUAGCCGGAUGCAUUGCCACGAUUAUAACACAGCCAAUCGAUGUGCUCAAGACCACUUUUAUGAAUGCCAAGCCGGGCGAGUUCUCCGGGAUUGGGGGAGCCUUUCUCAGCAUCGCCAAGCAGGGUCCUUUGGCCUUCUAUAAAGGCUUUAUUCCGGCCCUGAUACGAGUCAGUCCCAACACAAUCAUCACAUUUAUCCUGUACGAGCAGGCGCGAUUGCGCUUUGGUUAUCUGCCACCAGAUGCAAAGUGAUGCCCCCCAGUUUCCGGAACCAUUUCGUUUUUAAUUUUGAAUAUUUUACAUUUACAAAUGCACUGAAUCGGAAAUAAUC